GUGACCGCCGAGCAACAGAGUAGACACAUGGCUCCUGCCACUGCAAGUUAAAACUAAACAAGUCAAAGACUUAAAUAAACUUGUUGAUUUACAAAGCGGACAUUUGUUUUUGAUGGCAGUACGUCUGUGAUGUGAGCGUAUUUAAAGCAGAGGCAUGUCGGACAUCUGGAAGAUGUGGUCUCCGACUCUCCUCGGCAGAUGACAAAAUGACCAAUCACUUGUCCGAGUCGCCGCAAGAGCGGACCUUCCAGUACCAAAGCAGCCUGCCUCCCCUACCCGUCCCCUCACUAGAGGGCAGCCUGUCCAAGUACCUGGAUGCAGUGCGUCCAUUUGCAUCCGAGACAGAAUUUCAAGCGACGGUGGAUGUUGUGCAGAAAUUCCAAGAGGGCAUUGGCCAAGAGCUGCACCACAAACUCCUGCAGAGAGCCAAAACCAGGAGGAAUUGGCUGGAGGAGUGGUGGUUAGACGCCGCAUACCUGGAGGUCCGCAUCCCCUCGCAGCUUAACGUGAACUUUGGUGGGCCGGCUCCUUAUUUGGAGCACUGCUGGCCCCCUGCAGAAGGAACACAACUGCAGAGGGCCAGUGUGAACGUCUGGCACACGCUACAGUACUGGAAUCUCAUUUACAAAGAGAGCAUGGCGCCCCAGAAAGCUGGAAAAAUGGCGCUAGAUAUGGAUCAGUUCAAAAUGCUGUUCUGCACCUGCAAAGUACCUGGAGUUAAGAAGGAUUGCCUCUACAGCUACUUCAAGACGGAGCAAGAGGGCAACUGUCCCUCACAGCUGGUUGUGAUGUGUCGAGGACGGAUUUUCACGUUUGAUGCGCUUUGUGACGGACAAAUCCUCACACCGCCAGAACUCCUCAGGCAGCUGAGCUAUGUGAAAGAACGUUGCCAAGGACGACCUGACGGCCAGGGCGUAGCCGCUCUUACCUCUGAUGACAGGACUCGAUGGGCAAAGGCCAGAGAGCAUCUUAUAAGCAUUGAUCCCCACAAUGAACGCAUCCUGGAGACAAUUCAAAGCAGCCUCUUCAUCAUAUCUCUGGAUGACAGCAAACCCUACUCCUCUGCAGAGAACUACACAAACAUCACCCUGGAGGCUCUUACAGGAGACCCCACCAUUCGCUGGGGAGACAAAUCCUACAACUCCCUUGCGUUCGCCGAUGGUACUUUUGGAUCCAAUUGUGAUCAUGCACCGUAUGAUGCCAUGGUCCUGGUGUCCAUGUGUUGGUACAUUGACCAGCAACUCAAAGCUACAGAGGGCAAGUGGAAGGGCUCAGACAGCGUGCGACCUAUGCAUUUUCCUGAGGAGCUCCUUUUUACCCUGGACCAAAAAGCCCUAAGUGACAUCAGCUACGCCAAAUGCCAAUACCAGGAGACGACGCAGGACCUCCAGCUUGUGUGUUACGCCUUCACAGGCUUUGGAAAGUCGGCCAUCAAAAAGAAGAACCUACAUCCUGAUACCUUUGUUCAGCUGGCCAUGCAGCUCAGCUACUACAAAAUGAACAAAAUACCAGCUAGCUGCUACGAAACAUCAAUGACCCGCAGGUUCUACCACGGCAGGACAGAGACCAUGCGGCCCUGCACCAGCGAGGCGCUCAAGUGGUGUAAAGCCAUGGUGGACCCCGCGUGCAGUAUUCAGGACAAGAGGAAAGCCAUGCUGCAGGCCGUCAGCAAACACAACAAGCUGAUGGCGGAGGGCCAAGAGGGCAAAGGUUUUGACAGGCAUCUUCUCGGGCUGUAUCUAAUCGCCAAAGAGGAGGGACGUCCCACCCCUGCUCUCUUCACAGACCCCCUUUAUGAAAAGAGUGGAGGCGGUGGGAACUUUGUGCUGUCAUCCAGUCUGGUGGGCUACACUACAGUGCUGGGGGCUGUUGCUCCCAUGGUGCAUCACGGCUACGGCUUCUUUUACCGCAUCAACAAUGACAGGAUUGUGAUCUCCAUCACGGCCUGGAAAUCUUGCCGUCAGACAGACGCUGUGGCGUUGUUCAACAACUUCUCAAACUCCUUGCAUGAAAUGUUUCACCUAGCAACCACCUCUCAGCUUUAAAGAGUGGAACCAAGCGCCACAGGACCUUUCAUUUUGGGUGCCAUCACCUUUACUUGCACCAUUAGAUCACACAUCAAUGAAAACAUGAAGAAUCAUCACUUGAAGGUCGUUUUGAUAUGUGGCUUUUUGUAGACUAAUUCUGUGGACACUUUUAGCUCGUAAAUAUUCAUCUCAGCACUGAGGGCUCACUGGAUUUUUUAUUUUCCUUCACUUUCAAUAGACAGGCCAGUCCCACGUGCUACUUACACAAAGUUACAUACCAUAGCCUGCAUUCUAUGGGAGUAUGCUAUGAUCAUGUGCAGUAUUGAAGAGGAGGACUUUAUUUGCACAAAUGCAUUUUAGAACAUCUAAAUAAAUAAUAAUACCAUAUUAAACUAUUAUUGUGUGUUACGGUAUAUUAAUCACAUCAUUGUAAUAAGUUACCUGUACCAUACAAUAUAAAGUAUGUGUGCAUAUGGUUUAGAAUGAAUGGUUUUAAUCAGCACUCGUUUUAUGUUGAUAAUGUUGUUUACCAACUAACUACAAGAUUAACUGAAGGUUCCAUUACAUGAUCAACAAUCGGUUGGCGUCAGAAGUCUUAGCAAACAAAAAAAAAGUCAGUGCCACCCCUUGGUACCUGCUGUAAUGUUUAUUUGAGGAGAGGUGUUUAAUUGUUGGAGUAAAUGACAUACCCAGAGAUUAUUUGAGACUACUGGAGCGACAUAUGGUAAAUUAGAGAUUGUGGCGGACAUUAGGACCUAGAUCUCACACCCAGUAGGCCUGAGGUGGGGGCGUGGUUUAGUUUUUGCCAAGCGACCUGGCCUAGAGUGCCUGUUUAAUAGUAAGGUAUAACUACAGUGCAUCCGGACAUUAUUCACAGUGCUUCAGUUUUUCCACAUUUUUUUAUUUUAUAGCCUUAUUCCAAAAGGGAAUACUGAGCUGUAACUCAUUUUUAUCCUCAAAAUUAUACACACAAUACCCCAUAAUGACAAUGUGAGAACGUUUUUUUUUUAAUGUUGUAAAUAAAAAACUAA